AUGUCUGGAAGAGGAAAGACCCCGAGGAGAGCGACCACGAGGAAGAGAAGGACUCGAGAUGUUGAGUCCAUCACCUCCCCCAUGAAGACUCGCACCCACCACACCCUUUCCAUCCUUUCAGAUAAGUCAAGGAAGAUCCCGUCCAUCAUUACCAUAUCUUCAAGCCGGCAAGACAUUAAAGCUCAAGCUCCCACCUUUAAUGCACACCCAUUGCCUGAACCUCAGAUCUGUACCCAGAACGAAACCCACGAUGAAAAGGGAAAACUCACUAAUGGAACUGUUUUCGAUUCUAGCUUUGAAAGAAAUAGUCCAAUCAAAUUUGAACGUGGCAGUGGUCAACUGAUAAAUGGGUGGGACCAAGGAUUACUAGGAAUGUGUUUGGGUGAGAAGCGUAAGCUCAAAAUACCAGCAAAACUUGGCUAUGGGGCUAUUCCAGGUGGCGCAACACUGUUAGAACUAGAAAAUCUGUCACUUACGUUCACAAAUGCUGAAGAUUAUGCUAAGGUUAUGAAGAUUAGAGAAGUUGUGAGGCUUAAAGUCAAAUAG